AUUCUAUGAUGUAUUGUAUGCUACCGUUGAGGAGGCUGUUUGCUGCCACUUUUCUUUUCCUUCUCACAGGUCAAAAGCAAGUCAUAUCUAAAAAUGGUGGACAGGAUGAAAAAGCUUGAACAAGAGAAGAAGGAGAUACUCCAAAAGGUCGCUGAACUGCAGCAACAGGGCGAAGAACUUAAAGAAAAGCAAAAGCUGUCUGAAAAAUCUGCCACUUUAUCUCUGGAGAAGAUCCAGGAAUUGGAGAAUAUUGUGCAAGAGAUGGAGAGACAAAAUGAGCGCCUGGACGAGGAAAAUAACUUACACGCCAUAUCCUUUGACAAAGAGCGGGCCAGUACUGCGAAACAUGAAGAUAUGAUAUCCGAAAUGGACAAAACCAUUGAGAAGAAUACGACCCAGGACGCACUCUCAAAGGUAUAG